AUGAAAAUUAACACGGAGGCCAUUCCAGGGACUGUUCACCUGGUGGAUUACGGAACCGAGGUGGGAGAGGCAAUCAAAGAAGUGGUGCUAAGCCCAACGCCUAACACAUUGGAUCCCAACAACGAGCCACUUUUAUGGAAUCGUAACCGCAAAUAUCUGUCUUUGUUCUGCGUGAUAGUCUACACUUAUGCUGUUGGUGUAACAUCUGCAGCAAUCUACAGUGUCUUGGAAAAUAUUGUCGACAACACCAACUUGACUCUUGACAACUUGAACCAAGGAACAGGGUGUGCUUUUCUGUUUUAUGGUUGGGGGUGCGUUUUUUGGCAGGCACUAGCUUUACAAUACGGAAAACGGCCAGUUUAUUUGUUCACGUGUUUGGCUACAGCCCUAUUGUGUAUUUGGACACCUUACACGAACGGCUAUAGCGAAUGGAUAGGAAGCAAGAUUCUGACCGGGUUUUUCGGUGCCCCUAUCGAAUCAUUGCUUGAGAUUUCUAUCUCUGACAUUUACUUUGAGCACGAACGUGGUACAUACAUGGGAGUAUACGCCCUAAGUCUAGUGACUUCGAACUACAUGGCUCCUUUGGUUGCUGGGUUUAUUGCUGACGGUCAGGGUUGGAAGUGGGUGAGGUACUGGUGUGCUAUCUUUGACGCAGUGUGCUUUGUUGUCCUGUUCUUUCUCAUGGAGGAAACAAAGUACAGUCGUCCUCACAUAUCUGUCGACGAUGAGAUCCCACAAACAGCUGAGAAAACUCAUGAUGCGGAUGCCCUCAAGAUGGUGGCCCAAACCGAAGUCAGAAGUGUACAGCAAGACACCGAUUCACAACUUCCUGUUCCUCCUGGGAAAACAUAUGCUCAAAGGUUGAAACUACUUGAUAAGCCUCGUCCAUUCAUGAUGCACAAAAUUAUCAUCCGACAAUUCGCUAUGCUCAGGUUUCCUGGUAUUGUAUGGGCUGGGUUCCAAUACGGCACAUCUCUCGUUUGGUUCAAUGUGUUGAAUGCUACCGCGUCGUCCAUUUACAGCUCGAGUCCAUAUAAUUUUUCGACCUCGAUCAUAGGCGUCACUUACGCCUGUCCCAUCAUUUUCUGCUUCAUUUUUUCCUAUUACACUGGAAUCACCGGUGACAAGAUCCGGAUUUAUCUUGCAAGGAAAUCGAAUGGUGUUUCGGAGCCAGAGCAUAGACUUUGGCUUAUGUUGCUUUACCUUAUAAUAUGUCCUUUUGCGCUCAUCUUGUGGGGAGUGGGCGCGUAUCAUAAGGUUCAUUGGUUUGGAAUUGUGUUUGGUAUGGGACUUCUUGGAGGAACAGCAACACUCGGAUGUUCGUGCUCCGUUAAUUAUGUUGUUGAAAGUUACCGUGAACUUAGUGGCCAAGCGAUGGUUCCCGUGAUUCUAAUACGGAACACAAUGAGUUUUGCUAUCAAUUACGGUAUUACUCCAUGGGUGAGCAACCAAGGAUUGCAGAACACGUUCAUAGCAGCAGCAGGGAUUUCUAUUGCAUGUAUCGGGACUUUUGUUCCAAUGAUCUACACAGGAAAAUAUUGGAGGAACAGAACAAAGCUGGCAUACUGGACGUAUUUACAAGAAGCAUUAGAUACCGGUAUGGCACAUUGA